AUGGUCGUCGAUACUACAUAUUACGAUAUUUUGGGCGUACCCUCAGAUGCAAAACCAAUUGAUAUUAAAAAGGCUUACAGGAAAAAGUCAGUCCAAGAGCAUCCCGAUAAGAAUCCAAACAAUCCCAAAGCCACUGAAAGAUUUCAGGCGAUAUCUGAAGCCUACCAAGUACUAAGUAACGUGGAUUUACGUGCAAAAUAUGAUAAGUUCGGAAAAGAGGAAGCAGUACCACAGAAUGGAUUUGAAGACGCUGGAGAACAAUUUGCAGCAAUAUUUGGUGGUGAUGCGUUUGCUUCAUAUAUUGGUGAAUUGACAUUAUUGAAGAAUAUUCAGAAAACUGAAGAAUUGGUACAGCAGGAUGAAGAAGAGAAACAGAAGAAAAAAGAGGAGGAAGAAAAAGAAAGCGCAAACAAAGUUGCUAUGAGUAAUGCUAGCCAUUCUCAGGCGCAAUCUUCAAACUCAAUUCCUAGUUCUAUAUCCGCUGAUUCUUCUAAUCGAAAAUCUGGUAAUGAUCAACAGUCGAUUAAGGAAACCAAAUUCAAGUCCCCGGCCCCUGAAUCGAAAAAGAAGACGAAGUUGGAGGAGUUUGAGGAGGAACAGAAGUUAGAGAAGGAGAAGACUGUUGAAAACUUAACUAGAAUACUCCGCGACAGGUUAUCUGUGUUAUCUGAAAGUAGUUAUGAUGAACCUUGUAAGGUUGCAUUUCAAAAGAAAUUUGAAGAGGAAGCGAAUCUCCUAAAAAUGGAAUCGUUUGGAUUGGAUAUUUUACAUACUAUUGGUGAAGUAUAUUGCCAGAAGGCAGAUAUAUUUUUGAAAAAUCAACGAAUCUGGGGCGUUGGUGGUUUGUUUCAAUCCGUUAAAGCUAAAUGUGGCUUUGUAGUGGACACUGUGAGGACAGUCUCAGCCGCCUUGGACGCACAAAAUACCAUGCAAGAGCUUGAAAAGUUAAAACAGGCGGUGGAAUCAGAUCAGCCACUACGUGAUGAUAAAGGAAAUGAACUACCAAAACCGACGGUUGAAGCUUUGGCUCAGAUGGAGCAACUUUUAAUGGGUAAAGUCUUAUCUGCAGCUUGGCAUGGCUCUAAAUUUGAGAUCAUGUCAACUCUAAGGAGUGUAUGUGAUAAUGUACUAGAAGAAAAGCAUGUGGAUAUGGGUACCAAGAUAAGGAGGGCAGAGGCUUUAUAUUUAUUGGGGAAGGUUUUCAAGAAGACCUAUAGGACGCCGAUGGAGCAGGAAGACGCCCAAGUAUUUGAGGAGCUAGUUGCUGAGGCUACCAAAAAAAAAGGGAAGUAUAAAUCUACGAAAUAA